AUGGAUCCCACACAUUCCGAGUGCCCUGUCUGUCAUAAAGGAAUAGUCAAGCGCAACCUUGUUUCUCACAUGAAAGAUGUACACGAUAUUUCUCCGACGACAGCUAAAGGAAUGUUAGCGCAGAGGAAAAAGACUGAAUUGGAGUCCCAAGGGAAGCAGGAGAAGCUCAGUGAACACUGUGGGCUAGAACAUUCUGAAGAAGGAGCUCUUGGAAGAAUGCAAGACUAUACAGUACACAAACUUUCUUUCCCGAAUCCGGAGGAAUACAAGAGUUGCUGGCACAGGAAGGAAAAGAAGGACUGUCGUCGCGGGAAGUGCAGCAAAGUGCAGCAGUUCAUCGAGGGAGAGCUAGAGCACAGGAUCUCACUACGUUUUAUGACUAUUUUGAGCUCGAAUGAAAGAAGCAUGAAUGAGAGUAGGCAACGAGUGCCACAAGUCGGCUGGGAUCCUAGAAGUGAGGGGAGAAUACUUGAAGUUGUAGCAUUACCGUGUGAUGUUGUGCCGUACGCGGGAAAAGAUAAGGAAUACCCGUUUGAACACUUUGUAGAAGCGUUCGAGUUGAAGUACCCUGGUCAAUACUGGGAAGACAAAGAGCGCUGUGCAUUAUUCAGAUCAAAGUUGGCGGGUAAAGCAAGGGCGCAAUUUGAGGCGCUAGCUAAAGCAAAGAAGCGUAACUUCUACACGUUAGUGAAUGCGAUGGAAAGAAAUGUAUAG